CAAGUCUCGCUUUUAGUCUCUUGUUCAAACGAAGGUUUUCCCAUUCUCUCUCUCUCUUUUUCUCCUUGUCUCUCUAAAUAUACACACCUUUUUUGUCUUUUGAUGCGAUUCUUUCGAGAGUUUCCAUGAUUUUUUUUUUUUCCUAAAAUUGAAGCUCUCCAGCUGAACAAGAAAAGAGAAUAGCAAUGGAUUUAUUAAUUCUUGUUUUUGUUUUAUUAGUAUCUGCUUCUUCUGCACACGAAGAUGCUUUCGUUGGCGUUAAUAUCGGUACAGAACUCUCUGACAUGCCUAGUCCAACUCAGGUGGUGGCCCUUCUCAAGGCUCAGCAGAUCCACCAUGUCAGGCUUUUUGAUACUGAUAGAGAGAUGCUUCUGGCACUUGCUAAUACUGGAAUACGUGUUAUUGUAUCUGUACCUAAUGAUCAGCUACUAGGCAUUGGGCAGUCAAAUGCCACUGCAGCCAAUUGGGUUUCUCACAACAUUCUUGCACAUGUCCCGGCCACCAACAUCACAUCCAUAGCUGUUGGAUCCGAAGUUCUUACGACCCUUCCAAAUGCUGCUUCUAUUCUUGUAUCUGCAAUGGAAUUCAUUCACUCCGCCCUUGUGGCUUCAGGCCUUGAUUCCCAAAUCAAAGUUUCCACCCCACAUUCUUCUUUAAUUAUCCAAUUUUCAUUUCCGCCCUCCCAUGCUUUCUUCAACUACUCGUGGGUCCCUGUCAUGGUCCCCUUGCUCAAAUUCUUGCAGUCUACAGGGUCAUUUUUUAUGCUUAAUGUUUAUCCGUACUACAAUUACAGACAAUCCAAUGGUAAGAUUGCACUGGAUUAUGCUCUAUUUCGUCCGCUUCCUCCUAACAAGGAAGCUGUUGAUACAAACACACUUCUGCACUAUACCAACGUGUUUGACGCAAUUGUAGAUGCAGCAUAUUUCUCUCUGUCUUCUCUAAACUUCACUAAUAUUCCUGUGGUUGUUACCGAAUCAGGUUGGCCCUCCAAGGGCGACUCUUCUGAUCCAGGUGCCACUCUUGACAAUGCUAACACUUACAACAGUAACCUUAUUAGGCAUGUCCUAAACACAACGGGAACUCCCAAACAUCCUGGGAUUGCAAUUAAUACAUACAUUUAUGAACUUUACAAUGAAGAUCUUAGGUCUGGUCCUAUUUUAGAAAAGAAUUGGGGACUUUUCGAUGCAAAUGGGGUGCCUGUUUACAGCCUACACUUGACAGGUUCUGGGACUCUGUUAUCAAAUGAUACUACAAAUCAGACCUUUUGUGUUGCGAAGGAAGGUGCUGAUCGCAAGCUAGUACAAGCAGCACUAGAUUGGGCUUGUGGACCAGGGAAAGUGGAUUGUUCUCCUUUGUUGCAGGGGAACCCAUGCUAUGAACCAGAUACUGUGGUCGCACAUGCAUCGUAUGCUUUUGAUGCUUACUAUCAUAGGAUGGCAAUGGCUGAGGGAACCUGUAACUUCAAUGGUGUGGCCACCAUCACCACUAAAGAUCCAAGUCACCGUCCCUGCAUAUUCCCAGGAAGUCAUGGACGAAAUGUCAAUUUCAUAAAUGGAACUUUACUUGCUCCUUCUUCAAAUUCUACGACGUCUGGUUGCCAUUCAGAAUACUUCUAUAGCAAUAUUUUCAUGAGCUCCUUAAUUGUACUAUGGGGUGCUGCAUUUUUGUAAAGAUUACAACUUUUUAACUUCAUCUAUAGAUUCGAAACAUAUGGAUUUCUUCUCUGUAACUUCCAACACUCCCGGUUUUGUUCCUCUGAGGAGCGCAAGGGUUUGGCAUGGUUGUACUUGAUAUUACUAGCUAUUAGUUUGGAAUGGAAUGGUUGGUUAAUUUGUACAGAGGCAUUUCGAUAGUUUGAUGUAAUUAAUUACCUUUCUGGAUAAAGCCAGUUUUGGGUAUAACAUAUUGGAUUGAAUUCUUGCACAUAUGCAUCUUGUACAUUGAAUCUCAUUUGCGUCAA